AAAUGCGAACACAAAACUGGCGAUGGCUGAAGGCAGGCUUACUGUGAGCCAUGAAGAGUUGAGCUGUUCAAUCUGUCUAGAUCUACUGAACAAUCCGGUGACCAUCCCUUGUGGACACAACUACUGUAUGAACUGUAUUAGACGUCACUGGGAUCAAAAUGCUAAUAGAGGAGUUUACAACUGUCCUCAGUGCAGACAGAACUUCGAUGCAAGACCUUUUUUAGGGAGGAAUAUGAUGGUUGCUGAAAUGGUGGAGAGAUUCAAGAGGACACAGACCGCUCAUGUUUCUCAAAUUGAAGCUGGGCCUGGAGAUGUGCAGUGUGACGUCUGCCCAGGCAGAAAAUAUAAAGCCAUCAAGAGCUGUUUGUUGUGUCUGAACUCUCUCUGUCAAAUUCACUUCCAACAACAUGAGGAUGUUUUCGAAGGUGAGAGACACUGUUUGAUAGAUGCCACCGAUCAGCUUCGGGACAUGAUCUGUCCAAUACACAAUGAGCUUUUGGAGAUUUUUUGUCGUACUGACCAGAUGAGCAUUUGUAUACAGUGUAAGAGGGGUAUUCACAGAAACCAUGAUGUGUCAACAGGAGCAGACAGAUCAAAUCAGAGUUCUUCAACUCUCUCUGCGCCACCUGAAACGGUCAGCUUUGAGUUUGGUGCUCGUUCUUCUGCUGCUAGAAAAACCUUUUCUAAGAGACUAAAGAAAAAAAUGGAUGAUUUCCUUAAUUCUGAGGUCACAGUUGUAUCCGGCUCAGUAAAGCGCUACAAAAGUCCAACUGAUGGGCCCAGGAACCGGAAUGAGAUCCUGCAAUACUCACACCAACUCUCAAUGGACUCAAACACUGUGAAUGGAAUAAUCCAGCUGUCUGCAGGGAACAGAGUGGCAACUAAUAAUGGCACAGUCCAGCGAUAUCCUGAUCAUCCAGAGAGAUUUGAUUGCUGGCCUCAGGUCUUGUGUAAAGAGAGUGUGUGUGGACGUGCAUAUUGGGAGGUCGAGUGGAGUGGGAGUGCUGGCGUAGGUUUAUCGCUGUCCUAUAACACUAUUGGCAGGAAGGGAAGGGGUGAUGACAGCAAAUUUGGAUGUAGUGACCAGUCUAUAAAUUUGUACUGCUCUCCUACCAAAUAUGCAUUAUGGGACAAAAACAAAAAGACUAAAAUCAGCGUAAACACUUCAAAAAUAAAGUCCUCUAGAUUAGGAGUGUAUGUGGAUUAUAGCGCCGGAAUUGUGUCCUUCUUCAGCAUCUCUGACAAAAUGAGACUCAUCUACAUAUUCCCCACUACGUUCACCCAACCUGUCUAUCCUGGCUUUAGGGUUUAUUUUGGAUCAGCAGUAAAACUCUGUGAACCAGCAGUAAACUGUAAAUGAUUUAGAGGUGUAAUAUUCAGUAACACAAAGUGGUAUUUUAUUUCACUACAUCAAUUCAUGAAACAUCAGGAUCAUCAUUAAUUGACCUACAAAUGCAUUGAAAUAGUUUUAACAAAAAACAACACAUGUUUGAAGGCGUGAGAACAGAUGCUCUUGACAGUUCCGGAGGUAUUUAAUAUUAUAAUAACACUAAUACUGAAACGGUCAUUUUAGAAUGACCAAAACAACAUUUCAGAUGUUUUUCAGUGCAGUCAGCCUACUGGUUUGUCCAUUCACACACGUCCUUAUCCUCACAUGAUCUCUUAUUACAAAAUCACAUGACUUUUUUAAUAUGCAUACUGGAAUUUGUUUGCUGUAAAUGUUUACAUCGUAGUUUUUGCUUAUCGAAUAAAAUGUUUAUUCUA